CGCCGCCGCCGUGAUUGGCGCAUGCGCUGUCGGAGUGGGCGGAGCCGGGUGCAGCUGUGGUCUCCCUCAGUCGUGAGGAGGGAGAGCGACGCGGCUGGUCGCCUCAGGAGCCGGUGGUGGCUCUGCUUUGUUCGCCGCCUGCCUUCGUUCAUCCUUUGCGGCGGGCCUCCUGAGGAGCUGGGAGCGACCAUGUCGGCCGCUUUCUACCUCCUCUCUUCGCUGGGCGGCUACCUCUUCGCCUCGGCGCUGCUGCUCAAGUUCCCGGGCUUGCUCCACCGUCCCAAGCGCCAGCGGUUCCGAUGCCGGCAUAUCUCGCACCGCGGCGGCGCUGGAGAGAAUCUGGAAAACACCAUGGCAGCCUUUCGCCAUGCGGUUAAUGUUGGGACCGAUAUGCUGGAACUUGACUGCCACUUGACAAAGGAUGAACAAGUUGUUGUGUCGCAUGAUGAGAAUCUGAAACGGUCAACAGGGGUUGAUGCCAACAUAUCUGACCUCAGAUACUCUGAACUCCCUCCAUACCUCUGCAGAUUGGAUGUAACAUUCCAGAAAGAGUGCCAUUGUGAAGGCGAAGACAAACGCAUCCCACUGCUGAAAGAAGUCUUUGAGGCAUUCCCCCACACCCCUGUCAACAUAGACAUCAAAGUGAACAACGAUGUGCUGAUUAGAAAGGUUUCAGAGUUGGUGAGCUAUUACAAACGAGAACAUUUGACGGUUUGGGGAAACGUCAGUCAUGAGGUAGUUGAAAAAUGUCACAAAGAGAAUGCCCACAUUCCUAUUCUCUUUUGCUUACGGCGUGUUCUCCUCCUCCUUGGCCUCUUCUAUACCGGACUCCUGCCUUUCUGUCCCAUCCUGGAGGAGUUCCUGGAGAUUCCAAUGCCUUCAAUCAUCCUCAAGUUGAAAGAAUCUGAGAAGAUCUCGAGGAGCCAGCGAUUUACCAUAUGGCUUACUGACUCAUUGUUAAUGAGGAAAGCAUUAUUUGACCACCUCACCGCUCGAGGAAUUCAGGUGUAUAUCUGGGUCCUGAACGAAGAGCAAGAGUACCAGCGGGCGUUUGAUUUGGGUGCAACUGGUGUGAUGACGGAUUACCCCACAAAGCUGAAGAACUUUUUGCACGCCUACCCGGCUGCGCAGCAGAAACCAAAGCAAGGGUAGUUCUUGCAAAGAGGAGGGGUCGGAGGGGGAAAAAACAUGGGACAGAAACAAGCCAAGGAGCACACCCACAAGCACACACACACACCCCAGCCCUCCCCUCUGGACUUUUCACUGAUGUGUUCGCCUGAUGAUGAGACAGAAACACAGCUGGGUUUGAUUACCUCAUUCUUAAGUCAUUACACCUCUAGAGAUUGUAUGCAGCUAUAUUUAUUUUAAAAUGUAAAUAGCAUAGUAGUUUUGUAAAUAGCUUGAUGGAGGGGGGUCGUACCCUAACCUGAGGGGCAUUCCUAGAAAGACGCCUGCCGACAGGCAAUUUAUGGAGGUGAUAAGUGUAACUUAACUGUAUCUGUUGCUAGAUUGCGUAGCUCAGAUUUCAUCGAGUUUGCACAUGGAAAACAUUCCAGGACACUUUUUCAAAAUGUUGUUGUAUUGUGUCCUCUUACAUAAAUGUUCCUAGUAGACCGG